AACCAUGGUGCUAGAUUUAGAUCUAUUUCGACAGGAUAAAGGUUUUGAUCCUGAAAAAAUACGUGAAAAUCAAAAGAAACGUUUCAAAGAUGUAGCUUUAGUCGAUUUAGUAGUGGAAAAAGAUAAAUAUUGGCGACAGCUGCGUCACCGUGCUGACAAUUUAAAUAAAGUUAAAAAUUUAUGUAGCAAGGAAAUUGGUGAAAAAAUGAAAAAGAAAGAGCCUAUUGGCGAUAGUGACGUAGUACCUGAAGAAAUCGCUAAUAAUUUAGAUAGUCUUGUAUCCAAUGAUCUUAAACCAUUGACUGUCAAACAGAUCAAAAGUAUUCGUACUUUGAUUGAUACUGCUAUUCAAUGUAACGACGAAAAUUUAAGUUUAACAGAGUCUGAAAGAAACAGUGCACUUAGAGAAGUAGGCAAUCAUUUACACGAAUCUGUACCAGUCAGUAAUGACGAAGAAGAAAAUAAGGUAGAAAGAACUUACGGGGAUUGUACUGAAAGAAAGAAAUAUUCUCACGUAGAUCUGAUACACAUGAUUGAUGGAAUGGAUGGUGAACGUGGAACUUUAGUUUCUGGUGGAAGAGGAUAUUUUUUAACUGGACCUGCAGUUUUUUUGCAACAAGCACUUAUAGAUUUAGCCUUAAGAAAAUUACUUGAUAAAGAUUACAAACCGUUAUAUACUCCAUUUUUUAUGCGCAAAGACGCAAUGCAAGAAGUUGCACAGCUUUCUCAAUUUGACGAGGAAUUAUAUAAGGUCAUUGGCAAAAGUAGUGAGCGCAAUGAAGAUAAAGAUAUGGAAGAAAAGUACUUGAUAGCUACAUCAGAACAACCAAUUGCUGCCUUUCAUCGGAAUGAAUGGAUUCCAGAAAAUGCUUUACCUGUAAGAUAUGCCGGAAUUUCUACUUGUUUUAGGCAAGAAGUUGGAUCUCAUGGACGUGAUACCAGAGGAAUUUUUAGAGUUCAUCAAUUUGAAAAGGUAGAACAAUUUUGUUUAACUUCACCUUAUGAUAAUAAGUCAUGGGAAAUGAUGGAAGAAAUGAUAAGCAAUGCAGAAGAAUUUUAUAAAGAACUUGAAAUUCCCUAUCGUAUUGUGAAUAUUGUCUCUGGUGCUCUUAAUCAUGCAGCUUCUAAAAAACUCGAUUUAGAAGCAUGGUUUCCUGGUUCUGGUGCAUUUCGUGAACUUGUAUCCUGCAGUAAUUGUUUAGAUUAUCAAGCAAGAAGACUUUUAGUUAGAUAUGGUCAAACUAAGAAAAUGAAUACAGCAACUGAUUAUGUCCAUAUGUUAAAUGCAACAAUGUGUGCAGUUACUCGUGUUAUAUGUGCAAUUUUGGAAGUACAUCAAACAGAAACUGGUAUUAAAGUACCAAAAGUUCUUUCUCGUUUUAUGCCUUCCAAAUAUGAUGAAGAAAUUCCUUUUGUUAAGCCUGCUCCAAUUGAUGAGGCUGAAACAAAAAAACAAAAAAAAACAAAAGAACAUGCUGCAUAAUAAAUUCAAAGGGGCUAUAGCAAAUUUAUGCAUUUUUAUCAAUUGUAUUUAUUUAAGUUUAAUUAAGACAUAGGAUAAAUAUAAAUAAUGUAUAAUUUAAACUAUGCACUUUUUAUAGUUUUUAAGCUAUACAUAUAUGUAUAUGUAUGUUUAUACUUCAUUGCUACAAUGCUUACUACAAAAAAUUCUUUAACUCAAAAUGAUGAAAAUCUUGCAGCAAAAUAAAAUCUUACAAUAAACUUGCUAUUCUGCAAUAUAAACAAA